AUACUGAAAAUAAAAAAGUCUCCUCGCUUAGCUUCGUUUACUUUCCUUUCCCUUUCUUUUUCCAAAGCUUCACUUCCCACGGAAAAGCGCGAAAAUCAAUGGACCCACCACCGCCACCGGCAGCCACGUCAUCCAACGGCGCCAACAAGCUCCGCCUCAUGUGCAGUCACGGCGGUCAUUUCCUCCCCCGUCCACGCACCAACACUCUCUUCUACGCCGGCGGCGAGACACGCAUCGUCUCCUUCCAUCGCCACAACCUCGCCACUAUUUCCUCCUUCACUUCUCACAUCUCCGCCACACUCUCCGUCGCGCCUCCGUUCAACAUCAAGUACCACCUCCCACCUCACCUCCACCUCGACUCACUCAUCUCUCUCUCUUCCGACGACGACCUCGCCGUACUCCUCGACGAGAACCGCCGCCUCAACUCCACUCCCUACCGCAUCAGAUUGUUCCUCUUCUUCUUCCACUCUUCUCCGCGUUCCGCCGCUGCAAUUCGGCACCCGAAGACGGAGGCGUGGUUCUUCGACGCGCUUAAGAGUGCUAAGAUUAUGGAGCGUGAUGCUCACGUGACCAGUCAGGAGUUUUGUUCCUCUGCGGCCGAGUCUAUGGUUUUGGAUACAACCUCAUCUUUUGGCUCCACUUCUUCUUCAACUUCGUCGACGAAUUUGCCUCCGUUGAGGGCUCAGGCUGAUGAGAACAACAACAACGACGUCGUUUUGAAGGAUAGCAAAGGGAAGUUGAAUUCUUCGGAUUCAAUCUCGUGUGAUAAUACUGUUUCAUCUAGUGUUAUGUCCCACCAGCUAAAUAUAUCUUACGAAGACCCUGCGGUUUAUCAUAUUUCGGAGGCAAGAACCAAUGCUGAAUCCAUUGAAGCUGAAAACAAAUUCGCUUACAUUUCCUCUGGGGUCAUGGCGAAUAACAUGAAUAUGGAUCUCGGGUAUGCCUCAUUUCCACAGUAUAAUCAAGUGGGGAGUCCACAUUUGCAGUUUGUACAAGCUCCUCAGCAAAUUCUACCAAUCCACCCAAGUGGCCUGUUACCACUACCAUCAUGCCAACCCAUGUACCAGCAACCGCAGCCAUUGCAGAAUAUGGUUUACUAUCCUAAUCAAUCGUGUGCUGUAUACCUUGUGCCUAUUGGAAACAUCGCUCCCAAUGGUUUUCCUAUAGCUGCUUCUGGCAAAGCUUCAUUGAAUCUGAAUCCGGAUCCUCCCUUAAUGAAUGUUCAUGUAGCUUACAAACCUAUGGGGGAAGCCAGGUCUCCUUUUGGCCAUGAUUUUGCCCCACCAGAUUACUUAACAGACAAUGCAAUGACUGCAUCUUCUACUCAUGUAACUCAGCAACAAGACAUGGAUAUUUAUUCAUUUUAUCAUCAAUCUCCAAACGUAUCUAUCAAUUCUGGGGAAUCUCCCGAGUUUGAAAAUGAACUUGAUGAUGGCCUUGCUCGUGAUCAGAUAUACAAAUCCCAGCCCCCUCCUCCGAAAUACCCAACCAUGUCAAAAGCUACAACAAACUUGUUAUCUGAGGCUCUUGCUAAAUUGCAUGUGGAUAACCUGAAGCAGCAGACAGAACAGUAGUUUUUACCAUGUGCAAGAUACAGUUUUGGUAGAAGUUCUACAGUGACUUUGAAUGUUUCUUUUCUGUUUCUCAUAAUGUACUGGUAUGUCUUGUUUUAUCUUCACCCUCUGAGUGUUUUUAUAGGUUGAGCUUUUC